AUGGCUGACGAUAAACCAAAGGAGAGCGUGAAGACUGAAAACAAUGACCGCAUCAACCUGAAGGUCGCUGGCCAGGAUGGCUCUGUCGUCCAGUUCAAGAUCAAGAAACAUACACCACUCAACAAGCUUAUGAAGGUUUAUUGUGAACGACAGGGAUUGUCAAUGAGACAAAUUAGAUUCCGGUUUGAUGGCCAGCCUAUUAAUGAGACGGACACGCCAGCACAGUUGGAAAUGGAGGAUGAAGAUACGAUUGAUGUUUUACAGCAGAAGACAGGAGGAAACUUCUAGAACAAGAUUUGCCCA